AUGUCUUCCUCCAAGCGCAUCGAUCAGAUUGCAGGCCAUCUCAACUACCCCAAGGGUAUGUUGGCUGGCCAAACCGCCAUUAUCACUGGUUCAGGUCAGGGAAUCGGCGCCGAGGCUGCGAAGCUGUUUGCGAAGGAAGGAGCGAAGGUCGUAGUUGCCGAUGUAGAUGCCAAGAAGGCAGAAUCGGUAGCUGCGGAGAUCAACGAGUCUGGUGGCAGCGCCCUGGCUGUCGCAGGCGAUGUGCUCGACGACGCCUACAUCAAGACGCUUAUUGCAAAGGCUGCUGAGUUCGGAGGCGGCAAGAUCCACAUCAUCGUGAACAAUGCCGGCUACACAUGGGAUGGCGUCAUACACAAGAUGACGGACAAGCAAUGGCACACGAUUGUCGACCUGCACGCGACAGCGCCUUUCAAGAUUGUGAGGGCUGCGGCGCCAUACUUCAGAGUCAAGGACGGCGAGCCGAGGAAUAUCAUCAACAUUUCCAGCACAAGUGGUGUGAACGGCAAUGCUGGACAAAUCAACUACGCGCUGGCGAAGGCGGGUGUAACCGGCAUGACCAAGACCAUUGCGAAAGAAUGGGGCCCUCAAUUCGGCGUGCGCUCCAACACAGUAGCCUUUGGACACAUCCAGACACGGUUGACGGCGGCGAAGGAGGCUGGCGCAUUCAUUACCACGCCCGACGGCGAGAAGGUAGCGCUGGGGAUACCGCAGGCGCAAAAGGCAGGCGCAGGGCAGGGCCAGGAGCACAUGGACAUUCCCUUGAGGAGACCAGGCACGGCGACCGAGGCCGCGAGUGCCGUGUUGGCGGUUGCGAGUCCGCUGUUCAGCUAUGUAAACGGAGAGACGAUCAAAGUGACCGGAGGGCGCGGCAUGUAG